AUGAUAGAACUGGAGUGCCUGGCGGCCGCGUGGGCCAUGAAGAAAUGCAGACCAUUCCUCGAAGGACUACCGGCGUUCGACCUCAUCACAGACCACCGGCCGCUGAUCCCAAUUCUCAACGAGUAUUCACUGGACAAACUAGACAACCCGCGACUGCUUCGCCUCCGCCUCCAAAUGACCCGCUUCAUAUUCACAGCAAAGUGGGUCCCAGGCAAGAUCAACGUCGAAGCAGACGCACUCUCAAGAGCGCCAGUCGAACACGCAUCAGAAGCAGACGAGCUAGCAGAAGGACCCAGCACCUUCCGAACAAAAGGCGCGUUAAUCGGACUCAUAGCUGGAUCACCCAACCAGUCACCCGACCUGAACCUGAAAGCAGUCCAGUUGGCAGCAGAUGCCGAUCCCGUCAUGACGUCCCUCCGCGAGACCAUCAUCGCCGGAUUCCCGAACGACAAGUGCAACUUGCCGGAGCAGCUGCGACCAUUCUGGAACGCCCGCCACCAGCUGGCCAUCGACGAGGACGACGGAACAAUUGUAAUGGGCCCCCGCGUAGUAAUACCUCGCUCCAUGGUCCGCCAAACAAUCCAAGUCCUGCUAGGUAUGCACCAAGGAGCCAGCAAGAUGCGCCAGAGGGCCCGUUUAUCCGUAUUCUGGCCAGGGAUGGAUGUCGACAUAGCCAACGCGGCAGCCGCCUCCGACUCAUGCAACAGCCGUCUAGCGUCCCAACCCAAAGAAACCAUCCGCCACCACGAACCAGCCACGCGCCCCUUCGAAUUCUUACACGCAGAUCUGGGAGAAGACAACGGGCGUCAUUUUUAG